UCACCGGGGCGUUUUUGGCAAUGUCGUAGGUUUCUGCACAGGGUUACCGUUGGGAGGAAUGGCGUUCAUAUGACAGCCUCCUCAUGGUCAAAUGCGUUUCCAGUUUGUCAGACGGCGCAUUGCAUUCCCAAUUCACGAACGACAUGCAAGGAUCGAUGUCGAAUAUGAAAGGUAUAUUGGUUGAUUCUGAAAGCAUCGGUCGUUUCUUCACCGACAAUCCUGGUGAUCGAGCAACAGUCAUAGUCCGGGGCAAGCCUAUUGACAAUUUGGUUUCUGGACGGAAAAUUUGUCUCAUCGAAAACGGCACUGGCUGUAGGAGUCGCGGGUGCCACCACGUCAUCACAGUCUGGGGCUCUGCCAUUUUCGAGGACGUCAUUUCAUAUUCAACCAUGACUGAUUUCAUUCGAGAUAUUUGGAGGCACGAGGUGAACGACGGUGCUAUUAUCGAACUCAUGCGGGCCAGAUGGGGUGGUGGGGCAUCGGUGAAGUUUGAUCCGCAAGCUGGGAUUAUUGUCAAGGAUGCGGAGCGUUUGCCAGAGCCCAUCUACAUCGAACGCAAGCGUGCUAUGCAAACACACAAUUGCACACUUAUCAACUUCGCUUUGAGAGAUGGAGUCCAACCAGCACCGCCAGUGGUAAGCAUGCUGGGUGUGAUGAAGAAGCCCACAUCAGUUACUGCAGCUGCAGCUUCAGCCGACAAGCCCGAUGAACCAACCGAAGCCAGCGGCAGUUCAGCACCGGAAACACAUCGUGGGCCCAAUCAUUGGCCGCGCACGGUACCCUACACAGGAACCAGUAGUCCACGCUCAGGCUAUAUUGUUGAGAUUGUCGAAAGAGGUAGUUUCACUUUCCUUGCUCAAAAAAUCUUGUUGCGGGCAGCAGCGAGAAAGAAAAGCGCCAUCCCCGAGCCCGGCCGCGCCGACUCGCUGGCGCAACCAUCUUCAUCUUUAGUACCAGCAUCAGGAGUACCAGCGAUGGAUCAAGUUCAUCAGGCUGCAGCACCUGAUGGACUUGAUGGUGAAGGAGCUGGCGGACAAGAACGAACGCCAUCGACUCAGCCAGGAGACCCAGAAGACGGUGACGGAGCAAAAGGACCCGAGAUCGAGGCGACGGAGCCGAGGGACUCGAAGGAGGUGACGGAGCCAGACGGAGCCGCGGAUAUUGAGACGAGGACAUCUUCGGACUCUGACGCUCCGCUGAAGGACCCGAAGGAGGUGAAGGAGCCAGACGGAGCCGUGGAGAUCAAGACGAAGACCUCCUCGGACUCUGACGCUCCGCUGGUUCCACGAAGACGCCCUGCAGCAGCCUCGCAACCUCGGCCAGAACCAUCUGGUGAGCCAGCGGCCGCUUCGGUGGACUCGGAUUUGGAUAUUGUGUCAAUCAACUUGGCAGGGGCAACGCGUCGCCGCAGGCGCCAGCCGCGUCCUGGUCGUUAUAAGGUCACCAAUUUUUGCGAGGCGUUCAAUUGGCAUUUCCGCGUUGUCGAUGAGGUCGGCCCACGUGGUAAUUCUUUAAAGGAUAUUGCAAUAUAUUUUGAAAGCAACGAGGUCAGCACUGCCUUUUCUGGUAUCGACGCGCCAGAGGUUUCCCUCGGCAUGCUGGCGGACUCGCUUUCAGAUGCCCUGGCCCACCAAGGCGUUCGUUGGACACCUAAGGACAAUCUGUCGCACGCGAUUGAGAACGAUAGUGCCUGUCAGACAGAGCUGAAGAAUUUCCUCGGCAAGAGCGGCGGCUGCCUGUUUGGCGUCAUCUGCAAUUUUUUUCGUUCAGAGGUCAACGGCGCCAUUUCAAUUCUCAAAGCGGAAGGCAGAGUGCACAUGGCAGUUGAUGCGCUGCGUAAUGUUGUUAGUUCUGGGAAAGCCACCCAACCAUGGGCCAAAUGUUCGGUUCACGGCGAGAUGUGCCAAUUGCGAAAGGCCAAGCGACACGUCGCCGGCACCACGUGCCAACCAUGGUCGAAGCAGGGCGUGGGCCUCAUAUUGCUAGACGAUUCUAUAUUUUCUCUUUUGGCCUGGCCAGCGCUAUCAUAUCGACACCUUCGAGAUGGACUCAAUGGACUAUUGUUGGCCGAACGCACGAUCAAGAAAAUACACCAUCUUUGGUCGCAAAGCUGCAGCGCUGAACCAACUUUGCCCGCUGGGCGAUUUCUGCCGCAAGUUUCACCGUGAAUGCUGCAUUGCCUUCAAAGACGCCUACUCCCUCCACAAAUGAGCCGACCUCAGCCCAGAUAUCCCCAAUCCGCUCCAUCAUGGCCGUGAUGAACUGGAGCAAGAGUUGCAAUGGGCCAUGGCGCGACCAAAAAGCUUCGCUCAAUCAUUGGAGGUCACCCCCAAGAUAAGUGACCCGAAUCCUUUCUUUGAGUGCCUCACAGCAUGCGAGCGCUAGUUUUUGGACACCUACAGCAUUCAAUACCCAGGCAGAGCAUGGCAACUCAACCAGGACCCUUUUGCACGCCCAGAGAAGUCCCAAGGGGGUUUCAUGCACACUCUCAUCAAAAACAUGCACCUCAUCUUCUGCGACACCAUUCCGGAUUGUUGUCCUCGUUGGCUCGGUGGCAGCGAGGCGCUACUACUGCAAGGCCCCCCAGUUCAUCCGUCUUUUCCUGGGCCACCCUUGGGCGAAAGAACUUAUACGAGUUUGAAUACAUAUGGUAUCACUCGUAAUCCACGCAGAGUGAAUGGGAUGUCUGGAAACGCCAUGAACGUUGAGGUUGUUGGUUUAGUGUUGUGGCAUUCUUACGAGAAUUACAUAUCCCGAGCGGAACACAAUCCCAUGCUCAGCAUGCUUGGGAUGAUGAGUCAGAGGCAGCACAAGCAGUCAAUUGCCGAAUCCACGCCAGUUUCUCAGGGCGAGAAGAAGCGCCGGAGGGCUAUCUAGGGGGGUCCAGCGAGGGG